CCUGGCGACACGCAGGCCGGGGCUCAGGAGGAGAUGGACCCCCCGGAGCUCACCCGGCGACUGGCCACCGUGAUCACUCACGUCGAUGAAAUUAUGCAGCAGGAAAUCAGGCCCUUGGGAGCAGUGGAUCUAAUCGAACAGCUUCACAGACAAUUUGCCAUUCUUUCAGGGGGCCGUGGGAAAGAUGGUGCCCCCAUCAUCACUUUUCCAGAGUUUAUGGGGUUCAAACACAUCCCAGAAGAGGACUUCCUGAAUGUCAUGACCUACCUGACUAGCAUCCCCAGUGUGGAGGCCGCCAGCAUUGGAUUCGUCAUUGUUAUCGACAGACGAAGGGACAAGUGGAGCUCCAUUAAAGCAUCCUUGACACGGAUAGCUGUAGCCUUUCCAGGAAACCUGCAGCUCAUAUUUAUCCUUCGCCCAUCUCGCUUUAUCCAGAGGACAUUCACUGACAUUGGCAUUAAAUACUAUCGAGAUGAGUUUAGAAUGAAGGUGCCGAUUAUUAUGUUGAAUUCUGCCUCUGACCUUCAUGGCUACAUUGACAAAAGUCAACUGACAGAAGACUUGGGGGGAACUUUGGAAUAUCGUCAUAGUCAGUGGAUGAACCACAGAACUGCUAUUGAAAAUUUUGCCUUGACAUUGAAGAACACUGCCCAGAUGCUCCAGACGUUUGGCAUCUACCUGGCCAUGACAGAGCUACCCAAAGGCAUUCUGUCUGCUGAAGACCUUCUCAUGUGCCACACCAGGCAGCGGGACCAGUUGCAGGGUGAACUGAAGGUACUUGGAAAGCAAGGGGCCACAUUGCUGUCAUGUAUUCAAGAACCAGCCACCAAAAAUCCCAUCAGCAAACUCAACCCCAGUGAACUGGAGAAUGUAGCUACCAUGGAAAGGUUGUUAGUACAGUUGGAUGAGACCGACAAAGCCUUUAGUCAGUUUUGGUUCGAGCAUCACCUGAAGCUAAACCAAUGCCUACAACUACAGCACUUUGAGCACAAUUUUUGUGAGGUGAAGCUUGUCCUGAACAAUUUGUUAACAGAACAGGCCGAGUUUACAGACAUUGGGGACAGUGUGAUGCGUGUGCAACAGCUUCUGAAAGAACACAGAACCCUGGAGGGGAAAGGCCAGGAGCCCCUGGAGAAGGCCCGACUGCUUGCACUAGUGGGGGAUCAGCUCAUCCAAAGCCACCAUUACGCCGUGGACUCCAUCAGACCCAGAUGUGCAGAGCUCAGGCACCUCUGUGAUGACUUCAUCAACGAGAACAAGAGAAAAGAGGAGAUGUUAGGGAAGUCCUUGGAGUUGCACAGACAGCUGGACAAGGUCAGCCAGUGGUGUGAAGCGGGAAUCUACCUCUUGGCUUCCCAAGCUGUAGACAAGUGCCAGUCUCGAGAGGGGGUUGACGUUGCUUUGAAUGACAUUGAGAUCUUCCUGGGUGCUACCAAGGAUUACCAGCUUCCCAACCCCAGGGACUUCUACAACCAGUUUGAGCUCAUGCUCAACCCUGAAACAAAGGUCAAAGCCCAGAAAGUCCUGCAGAAGCUGACAGAUGUGCAGGAAAUAUUUCACAAGCGGCAAAUGAGUCUGAUGAAACUUGCAGCCAGACAGACUCGCCCAGUGCAGCCCGUUGCCCCCCAUCCUGAAUCCUCCCCCAAAUGGGUAUCGCCAAAAACCAUCCAGCCCUCCACAUUGGCUUCUCUUCAGAAGACAUCUGAGGGAUCUUAUUUGGAGCCAGGUUUGGACUCUCUCGGAAAGGAAGGUGAUGUGACUAAAGUUGAAGUCAAGAAUGAAGAAAUUCUUGUGGGCAGCCAUGAUGGUGAGAACCUUGAACGGGAGCAGCUUGGUAGCCCUGAAAAUCUUUCCCCUAGCAGGCGAAUCAUCUGUGACUUACUUGAGACCGAAGAGAUGUAUAUAAAAGAAAUUAAGAGCAUAAUAGAUGGAUAUAUCACUCCAAUGGAUUAUAUUUGGUUGAGGCAUCUGAUUCCAGAUGUUCUUCUGAACAACAAGGACUCUCUCUUUGGGAAUAUUAGAGAACUCUAUGAAUUUCAUAACAGGACUUUUCUAAAAGAACUGGAAAAGUGCUCUGAAAAUCCUGAACUUCUGGCACGGUGUUUUCUCAAGCGAAAAGAAGAUCUUCAAAUAUAUUUUAAAUACCAUAAGAAUCUACCCCGAGCCAAAGCAAUUUGGCAAGAAUGUCAAGACUGCGCCUACUUUGGGGUGUGCCAGCGCCAACUGGAUCACAAUCUCCCCCUUCUGAAGUAUCUUGGCGGACCAAGCGAGAGGUUGGUGAAGUACCAGCAGCUGUUGAAGGGUCUGCUGGAUCUUGUGUCUCCUGCGGAUUUGGAGAUAGACCGGAGCAACCUUGAAGGAGAUUCAGCUAAGAGUGGGUCGAAAAGGACCAAGGAUUCGGCACUCUCAGCUGAACUCCAGCAAGCAGUGGCCAUGAUGGAGGAUUUGAUAAAGUCCUGUGAGUUGGCAGUGGACCUGGCAGCAGUUACUGGGUGUCCGGAUGAUGUCGGGAAACUGGGCAAGCUGUUGAUGUGCGACUCUUUCAGCGUCUGGAGUAUCCACAAGGACCGUUCGAAGAUGAAGGAUUUUAUCCGCUUUAAGCCCAGCCAGAGGCAAAUCUACCUCUUUGAAAGGGGCCUUGUGUUCUGUAAGAUCCGAGUGGAUCCUGGCGGCCAGGGACUGUCCCCUCAACACAGCUUUAAGAAGUCGAUGAAGUUGGCAACACUUUCAAUUCGCCAGCUGGGAAAAGGGAGCACCAAAAAGUUUGAGAUCUCCAACCAAAAUGGACUUGAGAAGUACAUCCUUCAGGCAGCUUCGAAAGAAACCAGAGAUUGUUGGUUUUCAGCAAUAAGUAAAUUAUUGAUGCAACAGCAAAGCAGCAUUAAAGAUAAUUAUGAAGAUGAAGACAAUGACCAACAGACCUCCCCCAAAUGCUGCUCCAGCCGGGAGCCGGUGUCCAACAGCCCAGAGGAUGGAGAGGCGCCCCGAGACCUGGAGAAGGAGAGCAGCGCGCUGAGUCUCUCGGGACUUUUCCAGCUGGAGGACACCUACGAAACCUGUCCCCCCAGCAACUCCCAGGAAGGAAGAGACAGCGGCAAGCAAGACCCGUAGGUGCAAAGGACGAAAGAGGAG